AUGGCGGACUUCUGCGAAGAAAAUGGGAUCCAACUCGACCUCGCCUCAGUCGCGCACCCCGAGUCCAAUGGCCAAGCAGAGAGAGCAAACCAGAGCAUCCUCCACGAAAUCAAGCCACUACUGGAGGUGCCCUUGGAACGCGCGACCGGAUGCUGGGCGGAAGUACUACCCUCCGUACUAUGGGGCGUACGCACAACUCCAAGCAGGUCGACGGGCUACACACCUUUUUUCCUGGUAUACGGCGCAGAAGCAGUCAUGCCCAUCGACAUCGAUCACGACUCGCCACACGUCGUGAACUACGCCGAAGAAGAAAAUGAGCUCGCCUGCCAAGACGGAGUCGACCUCCUCGACGAGGAACGGGACCUCGCACUCUCCAGAACGACCAUAUAUCAGCAAGGCUGA